GACAUUAUUUCACAAACAAAUACAAAAUUGCUCUGCCUCUACCGGCUCCACCAAUCAGUUAUCGAAGCGUGUAAGGUCGGAUAUCGCCUCGUAAUUGCUUCGCGAUUAAGCUAAACACGUCUAAGGAAAUUUAUUUUAAGAAACCAGAAGGCCACCCUUUGUGCACCUACACAAAACAAUCCACAGCUCGACACGUCAACCAAUGUGUCCAUCAGCGGGCUCCAUAUCAACCCACCCCGUCCGCCUUAAAUACCCGUCGACCCCUCCUCCUUCCUUCCCUUUUCUCCCUCCGCUCUCUGUAAUCUUAUAUCUUUCUUAAAUUCCUAAUUACAUUUUAGGCCCUUAAAAUUUUGCACUUUUAGAUUUCUGCUCACUCGAAUCCGUCCGGUCGAGCUGAUGUCCGUGUCGCAGGAGUUCCUCGCGGCCCUUGAGGGAUGGGAAGCUCGGCCGCCGGCGGAAACGGUCCGGUCUGGACCGGUGACGUCUGCCGAGGAGGAACGGCGGCUGAAGCGUAUGAUAUCGAACCGGGAGUCCGCCCGGCGGUCGAGGAUGCGAAAGCAACGCCAACUCGAGGGCCUGCGGAACCAGCUGAGCCGGCUCAAGUCAGAGAAUCGAGAUUUAUCGAAGAGGAUGGGGACCGUUGUCCACUACUGCCAACUUUUUCGGCUUGACAACGAUCGCCUCCGGUCCGAGUCGGACCUACUCCGCCGACGGCUUGCCAAAAUCCACCGCAUCCUCUUUUACCGGCAGCUCCAAAGGCUGGUUUCACCGACCUCUGCCGCCUUAUGCGGCGGCUUCCUCUCCGGCGCUGGCGGGGAACCAAACUAUUCAUCUCUAAUCGUAUAAGAGUUAUAAACAAGAAGCUAAAUCAUAAUUAAUUAAAAAGACAGGGGGCAAAGAGAGAGAACUUUUCUUUAUAUUCCUCUUUGCCUGUAAAUUUAAAAAGGAGGAGGACGUAAUAUAUAAUCGUACCUUUUCCGGGAUGGACAACAAGACAAGUCGGGGGAUUUUAUAAGAACGGCAGCAUCGGUUUAUUUUUGUGCUGCAAUUUUGGGAUCAUGAAAGUGGUCCGUAUGUAAAUAAAUAAAUGUUUGCAAGUGUUCCGUAAAUUAGUAUUACAAUCGAAUUGAAAAAUUGUCA